AUGGCCGAGGAGCUAGCAGUUAUAAUGCAGAAAUUUGCACUCUCUGAGCAGGAGAUGGGAGGUACAACUCCUGAGCUGGGGGAUGCUGACACGAGUGUCCAGGAGUGUCAGCUGAGUCUGGUAGGGAAAGUAAUAGGGGAGAAGAUAGUUAACUUUGUGGGGGUGAAAAAUUUUGUUAGUUUGGCUUGGGGUUACCCUCGAGGGCUGACUGUGAUGGAAUUAUGCCCUAACUUAUUUCAGUUUGUCAUUCCGAGUGCAACUGACAGAGAAAGGAUCCGGAAUGGUGGACCUUGGAUCUUAGAUAGCCAAAUUCUGGUUCUUAGAAGCUGGUAUGAUGGAAUAGAAGAGGACAGCUGUGCUUUUUGGAUGGCUCCCUUAUGGAUACAGAUUUGGAAUCUUCCAAUACACUGGCUCUCGAAAGAGGUAGGACGGAAAGUUGGGUCCAUUUUUCGAGAAGUGAAAGAGGUUAUAAUACCCCAAACGGGAGGAAAAGAAGGAAGGCAUUUGAAGUUACUGGUGUUAGUGGAUAUCUCCCUUCCAUUGUUGAGAGGAUCAGCAGUUAAGCUCAAUGGAUUAGGUAAGUGGAUCAGUUUUAAGUAUGAAAGAUGCCCAGACUUUUGUUAUGGUUGUGGUAUAGUUGGACACAGUGAGAGGAACUGCAAAACAUCUUCUACUAUAGGGAGAGGAUUAUCAGAUAAUUAA